AUGUCAGACCUUCAUCUGGAGCUCAACCGUCAAUACGCAACUUUUGACUUUCCUGCCAAAGCACCUUUUCUCAUUCUGGGUGGUGAUAUCGGCCGCAUGGUCGACUAUGACAUGUUUCUCCCCUUCCUCGCUCGCCAAACAGCCCGCUUCGAAAAGGUCUUUUUAGUCCUCGGCAACCAUGAGUUCUACGAGAUGAGCUAUGAAGACGGUAUAUCAAAGGCUAGAGAAUUGGAAGAGGAGGAGAUUUUGGAAGGGAAACUUGUAGUCCUGGACCGGAAUCGCUGGGACGAUCCUGAUUCGAAACUCACAAUCGUCGGUGCAACGUUAUGGUCCAAGAUACAUCCUUCGGCAGCCGAGACUAUCACCCUCCGUGUCUCCGACUACAAGAAGAUCUCGGGCUGGUCCGUCGCCAAGCACAACGAGUGUCACGCCCGCGAUCUCGCGUAUCUCAGCGAAACCAUCACAGGCCUUGGUAAUCUCCCAGCGGAAUCCCAGCGGACCGUUCUGGUAGUGACGCAUCACGCGCCUUGCGUGGCGGGGUCUUCGAAACCGGAACAUGCAAAUGCUCCGUUCAAGACUGCUUUUUCGACGGAUGUCAUCCAGGCGAGGGAGUUUGUGAGAGGCGUUGCGGUGUGGAUGUUUGGACACACACAUUUCACGACGGAGUUUAAGAAAGGUGGUGUGAGGGUUGUUGCGAAUCAGAGGGGGUAUGUUUUGGGGUAUAAAGGUCCUACGUUGGAGGAUACGAAGGGGUUUAAUGAUGAGAGGGUUGUUGAGUUGUGA